AUGCCGAAGCGUAAACGCGCCUCGAGCCCUGGAGCAAGCUUGACCAAGAGACCGCGAAGGUCUGAUGAAGAAGAUGAAGACGGUCAUGGUACAGCGAGCUCUGCGGCACUGGGCAUGCCAGAGUCCAGAUCAACGCGUCGAAAAACCAUGGACACGUCAGUCACACCAGCGAAGAGAAUGCGGGUAGAGGAGGAUGUGGAUGUGAAUUCUGUAAUACGCGUCGAGCAUGCGUCUGUCAAGAAACAGUACGGUCGUAGUGCCAGAAACUUGCGCGAGCAGGUGGCGAAUCGCGGCAGGGCUAAAUCAGAAGAUAAAGAACAAGAGGAAGAGGAGGAAGGAAAGAAGGAUACGCGUCGUACGAACGCUCAAGCUGCUACACCGUCCAAACACGUUGGUCGACGAGGGAGACCAUCCGUCGCCAGUGCGAAAUCUGGUGCUGAGGAGGAGGAGCAGACGCAGAAGGAACAGAUAGAAGAGAUAUCGCUCCCCAGGAAUCCUGCUGGACGAACGCCGGUGCUAACGAUUCCCGCAUUAUCCAGUACUAGCGCGUCAACUGGUAGAAAAUCGCGACGUGGGACAUGGUAUUACGAGCCAGUUGAGACAGAUGAAGAAAAGGAGACGCCAUUGCCGACCAAACGGUCGUCUGCAUUGCGCAAGUCUGAAGCGAGCGCCGAUGCAGGGUCAAACUCUCGAAAGGGUCAAAAUUCCAGCCAGGGAAUCGAUGUAUUCGAGAGAUCUUCGUCCCGGAACGAUCAAGAGACUCCACGCAAAGCAAUGGACGACAUGAGGCGACGCACGCGCUCUCUUGCUUCUUCUGCACCUCCUAGUGACGACGAAGAAGAGACAAAGUCCCCGACAAAGAAUGUCAAAUCUGUCCGAAGACAGCCCUCCACCUUUACAACUCCGAAGCGCUCUUCCCGUCUAUCCAGUGCUGCUUCUUCAUCUGAAGCAUCCAGUCCAGAAGAAGAUAACUCGCAAGCCAUACGUCGUCCUACAAGGCCGAGAAAGGGGCGUCAGUCGUAUAAUGCCAAAGUCCGAAGAGCACCUAGUCUGGAUUUGCGGAGCGAGACAUCGUCCGUUGUAGCUUCGGAGGACGCAGUCGCAAAGCAUAUGUACAGAAAUGUGCCGGAUACGGAUACGGAGUACAGUAGCACCGAGGCCAAUCUCACCCCGGCUUCGGUGAAAGCCUUUACACGCUCUUCGCCGCCAGUGAUGGACCAGGGUAGUGAUGAGGAGAUGGAGGUGGACGAGGACCGCAAAAUAGUCCUCGAUGAAUCGAUCCUUCCACUACAAUCAGCCAGCCCAAGCAAGCAUCCACUUGCCAAAACACUACCAGAGAACUUUCACCGAUUUGUGCAGCCCCAGAAGAUGGCGGUUCUACAAAAGUUGCACACGCCGGCGUACAUCGAGGUGGCACCCGUGGCGAAUGGGGACCGGGCGAUUGUUGAAGCGCCUCCGUUGCAGCAGCUUGAAGAGCUGUUGAAAGGAACCUGUGAGCGAGGUGAAGGGAACAGCUGUUUGUUGUUAGGACCACGAGGAAGUGGCAAGACACUACUUCUAAAUACCGCACUCAAUGCCUGUACCAACAAUCCUAUCGUUGUGCGCCUUUCCGGUUACACUCAAACGACUGACCGGCUCGCCAUGCAAGAGAUAGCCUACCAACUGAACCACCAAACGGACUCGGUCUUUAGUAUUCCUGAAGAAGACCGCGAAGAAGGAGAGGCACCAGAGAAUGACGAAAUUGACUUUACGCCACCAGCGGCCUAUCUCCCUACCCUUGUUUCUCAACUUACGACGUUGAAACGACCUGUAGUCGUUGUCCUCGAUGCAUUCGACCUCUUUAUUUCACACCCUCGACAAGCGUUGCUCUAUUGCUUGCUAGAUACGGCCCAGGCAUGCCGUGCGGGUGAAGGCAGGAAUGGAUUGCUCAUCAUCGGGCUAUCAUGUGUAGUCAACUGCCUCAACAACCUGGAAAAGCGCGUCAAGUCGCGUUUUUCGCAUCGAAUUCUCAAAGUGUGUAAUCCCUCAACAUUGGCGGAGUACCUAGAGAUUGCGAAAACGCUUCUAAGUGUAUCCCUCACGCACGAGAGCGUCGAGUGCACGGCCAAGGAUUUGGCAAAGUGGAACUUGCACUGGCGCAAAUGCGUUGAAGAGUUUGUUGGCAGUUCGACCACGAAAAGGGCGUUUGUAGAACGAUACGCCUUUAGGCGGGAUAUUGGACACCUUUGUCGACUGUUGACAUCCGUCGUACAAGAGCUGAGCACGGACAGUCCAUGGCUUUCCAACUCUCGCCUACUCUUCACGAGUGAAUCCUCUGGGCUUCCAGAACAAUUUAGCUUUAUGAACCGGCUACCGGAUGCUGCGAUGUGGGUCCUCGUCUCGCUCAUCCAUUGGGACACGGCAGGUCACGCGACUGUCAACCUUCGCAUGGUACUAGACGCGUGCAACAAAGCGGCAAUGUACCAGGACAGCAUCCGCUUUGUCGUCUCCAACACUGGCGAAGCUCGCUCCGUCACGACGACGGCCGUCGCUCCUGCUCUCCUCCAAGCGGCAUACGAGGACUUGAUUUCGACUCGCGUUCUCCAGCCCUCCGCCUCGUCGGCGAACCAACGUUUCGAGUUUGUCAAGUACAAGCCCAUGAUCGACCGUGAGACAUUGAAACGAGUCGUCGAAAAGAAUGGGAACACUGCAGUCAAAAACUGGCUCAAGAAUGCAAGCGUCUUGAACGGAUGA